CAUGUUUGGGACGCUGUAAAGGUUAGCCCUCCUGUCGUUUACAUCGUAGUGCACACUUGUGUCAGGUUGUCUGAUAGCUCGCAUCGGCCUAUUUUCGAAUCCUUGAAUUUUCUAGUAACUUCUCCAGCACUUCAGGAAGCCACAGAUCAUCGUUGUUACAGAUAACCUUGGUUACUUUGAAUUACUGUCGAGGAGACAAACAGAAAGCUCGAUCAUAGACGCGCACAACUUGCAGAUCAGACUGGAAGAUGCCUUGCCAUGAGGGAGAAGUUGUCUUGUUCCCAAGGGACGACGAAGAGCCUAAUGAUUAUUACCAAGAAAUACGCAAAUACACGAGAUUCGAAGAUGGGUCGGUGCGCCUUCGGAACCCCCACGUGGCCGAAAUGGACCAGGACAUCCUCUACCACCUGGCCCUGGGGUCGGGCUCUCAUGACCUGGUCGAGAUGUUCAGUGACGUGAAGUUCGUGUGCAUGGGAGGGACGCCCAAGAGGAUGGAAAGCUUCGCCUACUACAUCAUGGAUGAGAUUGGCUACAAACUCCCGGCUGGGACCACGCUGCUGGACAUCUCUCAUCGCUCCUACAGAUACUCCAUGUACAAGGUCGGUCCAGUAUUAUGCUUCUCCCAUGGUAUGGGCAUUCCGUCCGUUGGUAUCCUCUUGCACGAGGUCAUCAAACUCAUGUUCCAUGCCAAGUGCAAGGACCCCAUCUUCUUCCGUCUUGGUACAUGCGGAGGAAUUGGCAUCGAGGGAGGAAAUUUGGUCAUCUCGGAGAGUGCCGUCGACGGCCUCAUGCAGCCCUUCCUCGAGUUGCCCGUUUUAGGAAAGAUGCAGAGGAGACCAGCCCUCCUCGACAAGCAGUUGGCACAUGAUCUCAAGAACCUCCGGCGGGAAAGUGACCCUUUCACCAUUACCGUGGGCAAGACGAUGUGCACCUACGACUUCUACGAAGGACAAGGAAGAUUAGACGGUGCCUUCUGUGACUACACCGAAAAGGAUAAACUGGAAUUCCUCAACAAGAUUCACAAGGAGAAUGUCGUCAAUAUGGAGAUGGAGUCACUGUGCUUCGCUGCCCUUUGCCACCAGGCUGGAAUCAAGGGGGCUGUCGUGUGCGUCACGUUGCUUAACAGAUUGAACGGGGACCAGGUAGCAACACCCAAAGAGACGCUGAACAAAUGGCAAGAGUACCCGCAGAUGUUGGUUGCUCGAUACAUCAAGAAGUGCCUAGGCCUACCUGUCGACAUACCACAGAGGGAACACCCACAGGUUUAGCAAUGACUCAAAGUGAAGGGUUAUACUAAUUUUGAGUUUUAAGUGCAACCACGACUUUCUUUUGCCCUUGUUACGGUCUAAGAGAGGAGUUAAAACCGACGAUGGAUGUGCCAUUUUUGUCAAGAAGAAGAUCAGUACAUCGAGGCAUUUGGUGCUGAUAAUCUGUAUUGUCACUUGCCUGUGGAUGGCGAGAGCCGUUGAAAUGUAUAUUUGAGAUGCCGUGCUGCUCUCAAAAUGGCCAAAUCAAGAAUGACUUGACUGUGGAGAGAGAGAAAUUCCUCCAACGCGACGUAAACUAACAUGAAGUCAGAGUGGUGGCAGUGGCGAAGAAAGCCUAAGGGUUUCGCUCUGCUUAUUUGAUGCAUAUGAAGACGCAUUCGCCGUGUAGGACAAGUCGAAGCUGCGUCUCGACUAAUAAAAUCUAACGAAUGUGCGCCGAGAUAUUUAAUAAUAAUUUAGAAGAAUAAAAGCUGAAUAUUUUCUUGGCAACUUCAGCUACAGAAACAACCAGAAUGAUGUACUGUCUCGAGGUGAGUGUCGUACGAAAUACAGGCAGUCCUGGAGAAUACUGUAUACAGAAAACACGUAUUGAGGGCAGAUUGACACAACAGAGCCCCUCUCAUCCCCAUAAAAAAAGGACUAUAAAACUGGUAGAUUGAUUCUGAUUUUCCAAAGUAGCGUUGAGAAAGGCCUGAUAUUUUGGUUGUGCUGAAAAAUUUUUCAGGGUGGCAGAACUUAACCUACAGUCGUCAGACUUCAGUUUCUAGAAAAAAGGACUAACUAAAAGUGUACAUACACAAAUAACAAGAACAUAUAAACACUCCUUAAGGCAAAUUUUGGGAAAAGACACUUGCAAAAUCCAUGAGUCCAGAUUUUCUCCCUGAUUUGUGAUAAUUAUUAUUCAUUAGUUUUCAAUUCCUCACUGAGCAUGUGCCUCACUACUCAGUGGCCUUCGUCUACCUAUGAUUUUAGUUUUUUAAGUUGCAGGCCACUUAUGUACCGCCUUUACUUUGUUAAUGAGUUAUGUGAUACAUACUGAAAGAGAUUUCUAUUUUAUUUUACGUGUAUUCAGUAAUGCAAGUACUUCUGUAAAUUAUGAUAAAGCUUAGCUUAUUGCUCAUUUCUAUGCUUUCCAAAAGAAGGAUAUAGAUUUUCUGCCUAAGAGAUUCACUUUUCUCUUCUGUCACUUAAAAUCACGUAAAGAAGACCCCUUUUCCUUUCAGUUACCUUGUCAUUUUGUUUUAAUUUUGGCACGUCAGAUGACUAUAAUUAGAUUUAUAAUUAUAAUUACAACCAUUUAAUUAUAAUUAUUAUUUUAACUAAUAAUAAUUACAUUGAUUAUACAUAAUUUUCUCCAUUUUUGCUAUAAAUAUAAAUGCUAUUACCUACUUUACGAGAGAAUGAGUUAACGUUCUACAGCAUUAUAAACAGAACACGAUUAUAAAGCUUCGCUUAGUUUGGCACAUAGUGGGAUAAGCAGCAAUCCAGCUUAUAAUACAUUUUCUUUUGUAGAAUUCCGUCCCAUAUCGAAAAUGGCCUCAUUAGUAAUGUAGCGUGGCUCAUAACCAGUAAUUGUUCACAUUAUUUAUUCAUUAUAAUUCAGUCAGUUUGUUGCUGGAAUUUUAAUAUGGCGAAAGUUGAAACGAUGCCUUAGAUUCAAUAUCUAGUGCUAAUUUUUUCCAUAUCAUGACUGGUAACUAAGUAGAAGUGUCCUUUUCCUGUCUUAACUCACCUACAUAUGUUGUAUAUGUUUACACGCUUAUUGCAUAACAUCCAUGUCUUCUGCUGCUCAUGCCAGUGUGAUAAUAAUAGGGUUCCUUACAGUGCAUUAAUAGAUAUUUAAGCUUGAGAGUUUCUAUUUAAAUUAUUGCAUAUUAUAUUUCACUGAAUGAUAUCAUUAUAUCACGAAUUCCAGCUUUCGGGUUCUUGCAGCAUUUGUAUAUAGCCUACAGUUUUCAAUCCGCAAUGAUAUAUAAUAUAUAUAGUAUUAAAAAUGAACAGAAUUACACCCUGCACUAUAUUAUCACGUCCUGAGUACAAGUAUUGUAAGUAGUUUUUAAUUAAUUAUAAUGUUACAAUAUUUUAUCAUGUUUUAUUAUGUACAAUUAUGCCAAGUCAGUAUUUUAGGCGAAUAAAAUCCUUAA